GCAGCCUCGUGGCCGACUUCGUCCAAGAAUGGAACCAGAGAUCGGUUGCUUUGUCUCUCUUGACUCUUACCAUCGUGUUCCCGUCUCGUCGCCAUGCCCUCCUCCGCCGCCAGUCGCGUCGCCGAAGCCUACGAGCUCACGUACCUCAUCUUCAAGCACGUUCAAUGCCUCGCUGGAAACGCGACCCUUCUCUCCGCCGCUCUGACCAACAGCUCUGUCGGUAGCGUGGCGCUUGACGUGCUAUGGGAGACGCAGCAGAGCCUGCUACCGCUCUUCCAGGUGCUCUACCGGCGUUUGGAAUUCGAGAUCGAGGAGACCGACCCCCCUGGCAUCGAUCAUUACGAGGCUUGCGGUGUCACGUUCGAGCUCGACGACGACCAGAUGAUUGAGCACCAGGUGCUUACCUGGAAUUGUGAUCCGCGCAAGAUAUCGACAGAGGAAUUCGAGCGCUUCUACAACUAUGCCAGGCGCAUCAAGGUUCUCGACGACACGUACCCACCGCGAGGGCAGCCCACGAAGGAAGAAGAGGAUCACAUCCACCUCUCGCAUAAGGUCGUCUUCAAAGUAUUCUCCGCCGGUGACGGCGUUCUGCUACCGUCGCUUCACAAGCUGAACAUCGGUCCCCGCAUCAUGGCUCUUUUCUAUGGCCAGUCCUUUCGUUUGGAACAGGACGCAGACGAGACUAGCGACGACGACGGAGAAGACGACAUCGACCGCAGUGACGACGAUGACGGCAUGGAUGGCGCGGACGAAGAGUACGAUGAGGAAGAGGACGAGGAAGAUGAAGUGGUCGACAACACAACCCUGGAAGCGUGCUACCUGUCCGUGUACGAGAAGUGGUACUACAAACGGCUCUUCGCGCGCCUCUGCCGCAUCGAUAAACUCCGCUCUCUCGGUCUUCAGAUCGACAACAAGCUCUCCAUGGUGCGCGCCAUUCGCGGCUUUACCCACCUCGACGAGCUCCACCUGAAGUUUGCGGACUACAAGCAAGGGAACACUACCACUGACAUCGUUUCCUGGACUGCGGACAUGGACGAACAAAAGAACGACACCUUGGCCGGCCGCACGCUCAAGGAUUGCGACGCCCGUGACUUCAGUGGGCUCAAGACGCUUCACCUUUCCGAUGCAUAUGAUCUGGACAGGGUCGCGCGCGCGCUUCACAACCUCUCCUCUCACAAGCUCCGUCUCGAAGCCCUCCACGUGCGCAGCUGGCGCCACUCCGACGGAACUAAGCCCACGCUCGACCUAUACGCCGCCAUCCUCGACAAGUGCGACAAGCAUGCGCUGCGGAAGCUGACUAUGGUCACCAAGUGCUGGGGAAACGCGACGCUCGCGCCGAACGAGCUGUUCCGUGAUCUCGUCGCGUUCCCCAAUAUCACGGACAUGUGUCUCCACGUCGCUGAUCGGUCUACGGAUGUGGCGGGCUGCGUGGAGCUGUUUGCGCAAGCGUGGCCUCGGCUCGAGAGCCUGGUCUUCCUCAACAAGCCGUAUCAGGACCGUGCACCCAUUUACACAUCCGUUAAGCAUCUGGCGUGUCUCGCCGAUCGGUGCCCGCGUCUCUCGUAUGUGUCUCUUCAGGCCAAACUUGACGCGCUCCCUCCUCUCGGCAGUACGCCGAAGAGUCGAUACCUCGACCGCAGUGUGACGCUCAACAUCGGGGAGCACAGCCUGGAGGACCUGGAGGGUCUGAGCGAGAGGCACUUCGAUAACCUCGUCGAGUUUUUGUCCAGCAUCUUCCCCUACCCGACGCUCAAGGCGGUCACGUACGAUGUCUUGCAACCGAUCACGGACGACUAUCCGGAGUCAGCGCUCGCGACAUUCGAUGAUCCGUUCGGCGAAGACCGUCAGACGUGGAUUGUCCCGCAAGCCAAGCGCACCGACGUUGUUGAAGCAAACGAGCCAGAGGCAGACCUCGGUUCCGAAGACGCCGUCAAGACGAAGACAAAGAGCAAGAAACGCGCGCCCACCAGCAAAAAGUCCACCAAGACGACAGCGACGCGUCCGGAGGCGCCCGCGACUCCCAGAAAGCAAAAGCAGCCCGUCCUGCAGCAACCGCCGACCCCCAAGAAGCCGCCCGUCCCGAGGGCGCCUGAAUCGCACAAGAAGAAGCUUGUCGCGGACGACAGCCUCGAAGCACUCAACGAUAAUACGGUGCCCACCGUGAUUGGUACCGCCAGUGCUAGCACUGCCGGCACCAACAAGGCCACCGCGGCUGAACCGACUGGAAAGAGGAAGACGAAGGCCACCAUCGCGGCAACGAAAGCGAUGGACAUCGACUCUGCCUUCCAGAUCACGUCGUUCCACGAUGCUGGUGGACACCGCCUGCGCUCGAAGCGGUCUACGCCAGCGAGCACUCAGGAAGCGCCACCUGCGAAGCGGCGGCGCACAGCUGCAGCGAAGCCCGAGGCGAGUCAACCCAAGGGUCGCUCGACGAAGGCGUCCAAGGGGCGGUCCAGGAGGUAGGAAGGCGGCUGGGUAUCUGCUCUUCUUGAUCUCGCGCUCGCGAUUAUCUGUAGAUUUCCUCUCUAUGAAUUAGGAUGCAUGCCUAUUGCAACCUUCGUCUCUACGAUUUUGUGUCGCCUGGAAAGUGUAAUGAUGCG